GCGCGAGCGCGGGCGCAGCGAUCGGCGUGCAGUGAGCGCCCGCCGCCGGUUCGCGACGCCCGCCCUACCCGGCCGCCCAACGGACCCCGAUCCGAUACCGCACUUAUUGUAAGAAGAGUUUUGGGCAGCGAUGGUGGCGGGAGACGUGACGCGGCGCGCGUCCAUCACUGCGCCCUCUAUGCACCGGCGGCCCUCGGCGCGCCGCGGCUCGCUCAUUAAAAACCCACAAUCUCAGUCUCAGGAAGUGCCAUGGGACAUCAUCGACCGGUGCGCGCUGCCCAUAGUGCUGUGUCACGCGCUAGCUGUGGUCCUCUCCACGUUGCUUAAUGCGCUACACCUCAGUCAAAUCUCCGUGUUCACUCUGUUCCUCUGGUUCGCCAUCUCUGUCGUUGGCUCGCUGUGGUUCUACCAUAACUUGCAGGUCACGGCGGCGGGGAAGGCAGUGCUGGUGACAGGGUGUGACAACGUGCUCGGGAACGCGCUGGCCCGGCGGCUCGACGACAUGGGCUACCAUGUGUUCGCCGGCUUCCAGAGCAAGGCGGGCAACAUUGACGCGGACAUGCUCAAAGAAGACUGCUCUGGGAGAUUGCACACGCUCCAGUUAGACAUCACGUCGGAAACUCAGAUUCUGUCGGCAAGCUUAUACAUCGUGGACCACCUACCAGAGGGCGCGCAGGGUCUCUGGGCCAUCGUAAACUGCGAAUCCUGGUGUGCACUCGGCGAACUAGAAUGGGUGCCUUUCUCCGUUAUCAAGCGAGCAAUGGACGUUAACUUGUUGGGUCCUUCCCGCCUGGUGCAAGUCAUGCUUCCGCUGGUGCGUCGUGCUCGCGGUCGCGUGGUGCUGGCUUCCUCGAUCCUGACGCACGUGGCCGCUCCCGUACGCGGCGUGCACGCAGCCUCGCUCGCCGCUCUCGACGCCAUGGCCGCCUGUCUGCGCAGGGAACUGAAGCCUAGAGGCGUAGAUGUGGUGGUGGUAGCGGCUGGCGAGUACACAACAGGGAGCGCUUGGCUCAACGAGGAGAAACUUCUGGAACAAGCUAGGGACAUGUGGAAGCGGCUCAGUGACGAGCAGAAGGGCGCAUAUGGCGAGGAUUACUUCGAGCAGGCACUUCGGAGCCUCGAGAAAUACACCAAAAGCGCUGACGCUGACCUGACGGCUGUGACGAGGGCCCUGAGCGACGGCGUGACCCGCACCUUCCCCUUGGCGCGCUACACCCCGGUGUCCCCUCGUGAGAAGCUGAAGUCCAUCCUCGCCGAGCACCUGCCCCGCUCUUUGUACGAAGGACUCUACUCCGAUUAAACCGACCUGCACACACAAGGCCAAUGUUUGAACAGGAUUCGGCACAGAGUGGCAAGCUUAAUAGAUUUGAGCACUAACUAGAUGCUGUUCCGUUAGAAACUUGCGUUUAUGUUCCAUGAUGUAGUCCGAGAUUCUUAAUGAUUGAUUUAUUACAGGAAUGAUUUAAAACCAUUUUGUGACCAUGUUUCGGUUUAUUUUGUUACGUAUAUCCAAGCUCAUUUUUGCGUUUCUUAUUCGCUUAUUUCAACAAUUGUUAUCUAAUUAGGAAGCUUCAUUGUAUGUUAAUUUAAAUUAUGUAUGCCAAAAGCUAUGAGAAAAACAAUACGGGCUUAAUUGAAAUCGAGCUUGCCAUUCUGCGCGCAGUUGUCACGGGGAAAUAUCACACCGACCCAAUUCUUGAAAUACCGUCGAUGUUUGACAGAUGAUGGAAAUUAUUCAAAGAACACCAAAGCUGUAUGGAACGUGCGAUUGUAAGGGCUUAGAAUUCUAAAAUAAACUCCAAUCUGAAAAAAUGAGAGUUUGAACCGUUCUGAUCAAUGAUGAUUCAAAUUGUUCAUAGUUUUGUUGUUCGUAGUUUUGAAAAUGAAUGUUGCCCACGUUGGUAUUGCUAUAUUCAAAGAGCCUAACUUUAAUAAUCAAUGUUGGACGGGAUACCCGUUCGGCAAAUGAGGCCGACGGAGCCACAUGAGUUACGUAAGCUCUUUAGUUGGUGCAAGUUUGCUGAUCAUUUAGCCGCCUACCCACUCGAACACGUUCGCGGAGAUUCGUUAGCAGAAAACUUCCGCUGAUACUGAUGGACUGAUACUGUUUAAAAACCCCCUGAAAAUACCCUCCUUCUCUUUUAUCCCCCUUUACUUAACAAAGCUGACCGUUGUCAAAUACAUUAUCAUGAUGGAACAUUAUCUACCAAGAGAAUUCGCUGUGGCGGUGGCGGCUUAUAAUUAUUAAAAUGAAUAGGUUAUUAUCUCUGCAUAAUUAUUUUCCAAAGAGUUUGUGAGUGUUUUUUACAUCUUAUAACAUAUGCUCAAAGUUCUCUUCGUUUAUAUUAUUUGUUAAGUUUUCAUACCAUUAUGCACUCAAAUAUCAGAUGUAAGUAGAUAUUCUCCCAAAAGUUAAUUUGUUUACACAAGAUUGAUGUUAUUUUCCGGGCCCCUAAAUAUAGGCAGUGAUGUGCACGUAGGUAUAGGUCCGUCCUCAUUAUUGGCACUCGAUCAAAACCGUCAUUCGCACACGCCUCUGAUCCAUUUUCGCAUUUAAUGAUUUUUAUGAGUUAUUCUCGUCGUGCUAGCAGCGCGUUAAAAGUUGCUAUCGUAUGCAAAGCUGACCGUGUCUAUGCUUUAUUAGAUCGUCCAUUUGUUGUUUUGUUCAUGACUAUAUACUUAGUUUGUAAAAUGACGACGUUAUUGGUGUGCAUGUAUCUAGGUACCUAGCCGUAGUUGAUAUUGUUAGCAAUAAGUAUUAUUCAUCAUAAAUUACAUUUUGUUCUUUAAGAUAUCCAUUACGUUUUCUAAUUUUAUGUACCUAAAUAUAAGGUGGUUUCUAACUUACAAUUUUUGUUAUGAAGUCGUUUUAAGAUAUUGCAGCAGCAGGUGUUAGCGUUAAAAAUGCAUCAAGUAAUUCUAGUCUGAACAACACACUUAAUAGUUUUAAGUGCAUUUCAGUGCAGUUUAAAAACAUUUUAUCUGUUAUUACUUUUUAUGUGUGUCAUGACUUUGGAAUACUUCUCGUAAUAAAAUACUAUACACAAAAA